AUGCAUCUUCAUGAGCAGCAGCAACUUCAACUGCAACAAAAUCAGCAACAUCAACAGCAUUUGUCCCAGCAACAACUUCAACUACAACAAAAUCUGCAACAUCAACAGCAUUUGUCUCAGCAACAACUUCAACUCUUCUUACUGCACCAAAAUCAACAACUGCAACAAAACAUCAUCAAUCAAACCUCAGCGCAGCAACAAGUAAGCGAGACACAAGCUGUUAAGAGACGUGGAAAAAGGCGAAAUUUAACGUCGAAAGCCAAUCCGGCUUUUCAUGUCUGUCCGUAUGAUGGCUGUGAAAAAACUUACACCAAGACAUCUCAUUUGAGGGCUCACGUGAGGACACACACAGGAGAGAAACCCUUCCACUGCAACUGGAUUGGAUGUGGUUGGAAGUUCGCGCGGUCGGACGAACUGACCCGUCACUACCGCAAGCACACAGGUCUCCGGCCGUUCCAAUGCUCCAUAUGCACCAGAGCCUUCGCCAGGAGUGAUCACCUGUCACUGCAUAUGAAAAGACACGAUGCUCCUACGCCUGUGAAAAUCAACUGA